ACUUUUAUAAAGCCCGUCUCCUGUGGCUGUGUCGAAAAGUCGCGUAGUAGAAUCGAAUCGGAGGGAGCUGGAUUUUUUUCUUUUACAUCAGCCAUCAUCGUCGCCGCGGUCCGUCGUCGUCGGAUGUGAAAAAAGAAUCAUGAUCUGCUGUGGAAGGAACGGAUCGUGGUUAUACUGAGAUUAUUAUCCAUCGAACUGGAUCGAGUGUUGAGGUAGACGAUGUGAAAAAGUGGAAUUUUUACGGUGAAAAGUGUGCAUUUUGUUCAGCAAAAAAAAAAAGAAAAGAGCUUUCCGAUUGACGAGGAGCAAGAGGAAAAAGAAGCAGUGGUUUUUUUUUUCGGGAGAAAUCAACGGGAGUGGAAGAAGAGAAGCAGCAGUAAUUUUGUAGUGGAAGAAUAUUUUAGCAAUAGGUUGGAAAGAGAGCAUAAAGUGUGCGUGUGUUAUUGGAGAGGGUGUUGCUUUAUUAUUUUUGCUCCUGUGGAAUACUUUUUUUUUCGCGUUGAAAAUCUUGAAACUGAAAAAGUGUCUUUGGCCUUUGCCAUCGCCGACAAGUGCAGCAGGGACGGUUAUUGCCUCUUGUGGGUCUGUCUGGUGGUUCUCGUAGGACGCGCUUCCUGUCGUAGGCGAAAGAGAACCACGGAACGGAUAUAGGAGAAUCAAAAUGAGUUCCAACAAUACGACCAACAGCAGCAGCACCUCAAGCAGUAACAACAGCAGCAGCAGCGGGACGAACAGCAUCGAAGCGGAAUACAACGAGAUCGAAUCUCGCCAUGGCUGGGCUUUGGUUUUUCAGGAAAUCCGGGAGAAGAGCGAACAGGAAGCCCGACAGAAGGAUUUCUCAACCAAUGAGUCGAAAAAGCUGGACAACAGACGACUGAACCGAUAUCGGGAUGUGUCCCCCUACGACCACUCCCGGAUCGUGCUGAAGCGAGGCGAGACUGACUACAUCAAUGCCAAUCUGGUUAAGAUGGAACAAGCCGACCGGAAGUACAUCCUAUGCCAGGGCCCGCUACCGCUCACCGUCGGACACUUUUGGCUGAUGGUGUGGGACUACAACUCCCGGGCGAUCCUGAUGCUGAACAAACUGAUCGAAAAGAAACAGAUCAAGUGCCACCUGUACUGGCCGGAAAAGAUCGGAGAGGAACACAAACUGGACCUACCGGACGUGCAGCUAGCGAUUGAGUACGUCAAGUGUGUCGAGUAUAAAAACUUCUGCAAAAGGACUUUCCGAUUAAAAGACUUGGAAUCGAGUAAAACGCGCGAGGUGGUACAGUUUCAUUACACCACGUGGCCGGACUUUGGCAUUCCCAGUUCACCGGUAGCAUUUCUACAGUUUUUGAAGGAGGUUCGCGAGUCGGGAGCGCUAGACAAGGAUGUCGGUCCACCUAUCAUACACUGCAGUGCAGGAAUCGGCCGGUCCGGUACGUUUUGUCUGGUGGACUGCUGUCUGGUGUUGAUCGACAAAGAGGGAGAGGACAAAGUGUCCGUUCAGGAUGUGCUUCUGGAACUGCGGCGAUACCGCAUGGGGCUGAUACAGACUGUUGAUCAACUGUACUUUUCAUAUCAAGCUAUCAUCGAGGGCAUGAAACGUAUGAAUAAUUCGUCAUUCGAGGACUUUGAAGAGCUGUCCGUUGUGGCAGUCAACAACCAAGCCACCUCGGAUCAGGAGAACGACGAUACCCCACCGCCUUUACCGCCGCCUCGGUCGCAUUCGCUCAUGAUCGCCCAAAAACCAUUACCAACGAUUCCGAACAGCGAGAGUGUCCACGAAGAUUUGAUUACGUGCAACGAACGGGAUAUGGUGAACAACUUAGUGAACCUGGAGAAGAGCAAGCAAUACGAGAUCAGUAAGGAUCGACCGUUGCCACCGUUGCCGAAGGAGAGCUCGCUAGACAAGGUGCACGAGGCGAACAGUUCCGCCGAUAGCGGUGCAUCGAGUAGCGAAGAGGAAGAGCUUAUUGAGGAGAACGAUAGCGAUCAGAACGGUGAUGACAGUGACGAUGAAGACAAUAGUGAUAACAUCGAAAGCUCCGUGCUGGACGAUACAACGAUAACCAGUUCGUCUUCGUCGGCGAUGACUUCGACGACGGCAACAAUGACGACCAGUGCGACGGCAACGGCUGCCAAUAGUAAUACAUCGACGUUGGAAUCGAACCGUGGUGAAGGCGGAGACAAAUCGUUCGAUGCCAACGCAAUGCUGCCACCGGUGCCGAAUGGUGUAGACAGCAAUAGCAAUAGUGCCGGCGAGGAGGCUGUGUCCAGUCCGGAGAGGGGACAAUCACCGAAUACAGAGCUGCGCCGCCGGAAGCGGCUCGAGCGCCAGUCCGCGAUGGAGGAGAAAAUCCGCGAAAUCAAACGCAAACAGAAGGAAUCGGAGAGCAAUUCGCCGAAAAAGCGCAGGUCAAUAAUUUUUUCCAUCGCUGCCGGUGUUUGUAUCGGUGUGCUGUGUGUUUAUUUAUACACGAGAACUCUGUAAACCGACUGCAUACUACCCAAACCCCCCUGUCACCCCUUCUAUACCUUUGCAUGUAUGUCCCGUAUAUCAUCCCAUCUCGCCCAACCACACACGGUUCCACGUUGUGGGAAAUUUGCAUUUAGAUACCUACUACAGAACAGGUUCAGAUUACCAUGGGUGAACAAGGGGUUUGCACUUCACUUUUGCCGAUUAUUUCCAUACCUUUCUCCACGUGAGAAUAUUCAAGCGAGAAAUAGAAAUGCAAGCAAGAUAGAGGGAGUAAGUGCUAACGCAUAUUGUCAGAUAAUGGUUCAUAGUUAUCUGGGACUAUUGCCAGCAGACUGUUGUAGGGUAAUUUUCGAUUGAUAAGCAGGAGACAUGUUCUCUAUCAGUGAGAAAAGAAACAAGCUAUUAACCAAGUAAUGAUUAAUUGUGUAGAAAACAAAGUGAUCAAUGUUGCAUUGUGCUGAACACACACAGACACACACACACACAGACUUACUCUCAAACAUAAGCCGGUGUUUUUAGUUAUCGUCGUAUGGAGAAUGGAUCCUGUUGUUUUACAGCAUGAUAUUUCCGUUUUAUUCCCCAUGAAUUUGAAUUCAUUCCGAGUGGAAAGACUUGAAUGAAAGUAAGAAGGUAUAGCCAAUAUGCAGAAUUAAUACUGAAAUAGACACGUUCUAGCAACCAAUAAUCAACAAUGUCGACAGCAUUCACACUCAUGCACACAAACAAACACACAUUCAAAGGGAUUACAUUUAACAGUGAACUGAGAAUUAUAAAGACGUGGAAGGAAAACUCAGUUGGAGAUAGAGAUGAAAAGAACACUCGCAAAGAUCGGUUUUCUUUCCGCAGAUUUCCUUCCGGAUUGUAUAUUUUAUAGGAAGAUGCCUUAGAUUUUAAUUUUUCGUUUUCCAUUUUUUUUAGUAGCUUUAUACACCUUCCUCCCAGCACAGCAGUCUUUCGUGGCGUUACAUUUUAAGUGCAUACCUACCACAUUUUAUGGAACUAGUUUUAGUAGCUUGAUAUGUGUUAGUGAGAGAGAGAGAGAGAUAGAAAAAGGAAGCGAAAUGCGCCGGGAACGUCCACAACAACUACAAAACAGAAAUCAGCGUUCAGUUGGAGCGAGCUGGUAACAUUGUGAUAGGCUAAAACAGUGAAUUCAUCGGUUCAAUAGUUAGAUAUAAAGGCAAAUCAUCCUUACUGCUAAGCUUUGCAAGGAAUAAUUUGCUCUUUUUUUCAAUUCAUUAAAUUUGUUCCGAGACGUGUUCCCUGUGUUUCGAAACAAUUUCCACGUACACGUAUCAGAGGAGAGGAAAGAACAAGAACGUAUCAACGUACAUAUGCGGAGUCGAUCGAGAAUGGAGACAGGGAAGAGAGCUCUACAAUGUUUGAUUUCUUCGAUUAAAAUUUAUACCAGGUGUGUCAUUGUUGAGCACAAACUAACUACAAUCAAACGGUUCGUUCAAGAAAAGAUGAAAACGAAUAGAGCAGCAAACUGUAAAACGAAGCGAAAUGAGAAAAUAGCCAACGGUCUCAGUUGUAUAUCGAGAUAUCGUGAAUAUCGUCCAUGUUUUAGAGAUAGAGAUUUACAUUUUUCUACCGAUGGAAUAUUUGCUUAUUUUUUUAAUAUACGAGGAAAGUGAAACGAGACAACAGAAUAUUAUGAUGAAAAUUCUAAUAUUUUAUUAUUAUUUUUCUAUUCUAAAGGACGUAGUUUAACGUGUAGAUUGUUUUGUAAUAGAAGCGAAGAGUAAAUCACUGCAGAGAGAAAAUGAAGAGAAAAAAAAACAUACAGAUGAAACUGAAGCUGAACUAUAUAUAACUGCAAAACGAAACAACUGUAUAGAUGAUUGUUUUAGAGAAAAUUAAAGAAUGGAACAUAAAGAUGAAAUUGGUAAAAACCUAA